AUGGCAAUGGAUGCCAUGUUCUAUCAGAAUCACGACCAAAGUGGCCACGGCACUAAUACCACUCAAUCGAACACGACCAACAAGGAGUCGAUAUUAUUAGAAUUCAACUCUCACAUAUUUCUUGAUAGACUUCCGAACACAAUCAUAAUGUUGUUACUGAUGUUUUUUGGUGUAAUUGGUAACUCUAUUGUUCUCUACGUCUACCUUUCAAGACUAUCCCAUUGGAACAUAGAGCGCUAUUUCAUUCCUUUCCUUGCAAUGGUGGACUUUGCAGCCUGUGUGAUAGGACCUACCUUCUCACUGUUAGAGAAUCUGUACUCUGUCACAUUUCCUUCAGCGAUCGUCUGUAAGACCAUGUGGUAUGCGACCUGUUUAACCAGUGGAAUUUCAGUUUCCCUUUUAUUUAUCGUUGCCAUUAACAGAUACCUAAAACUUUGUAGACCUCACAAAAGACAGAUGACUAUACAUCACAAACGUAUCUUCAUGGCGAUUAUGUUCAGUAUUGUUUCUUUAAUUCUUACACCCAUGGUGUUCUUUGUGGAACUGCAAUACAUUACCUUCACGUAUAAAAAUGAAACAGUUAUAGGAAUAACUUGUGCUCCCCACAAUCCCCAACAGACUCUCGGGGAAACUAUUUAUUUUGGGUGCAUGUUUGGAAUCAUCUCCCUCAUUAUAAUUCUAACAGCCGUACUUUACGUAGCUGUUGGUAAGGUGGUAUUCGAAAGGCUUCGAAAGAGGAGAAAAGGUUCAGUCCCUCCAAGUCCACGAUUAGUCCACCACAACAUAAAUCAGGACCGCAACAAUUCCGUAUUUUCAAUACUUGCUACAGUGACUUCAGCUAAUAACGAUAGCAGCAGUACUUCGAAUUCAAGAAAAGAUUUAGAAUCUACGACUCAAGUCGUAGAUCUACCACGAUCUAACCAGGGGACCUACAGACAAUACAGACUAAAUUUUUACGUCAUGUUUUUGACAAUUUUCAUCUGUAAUACUGUGUCGUUUGUGCCAUCCAUGGUAUAUCUUUUCCUAAACGAAAGUGAUGUCGAAUUCUGGUUCAAUCAUGACCUACUCGUGUUAAACAUUCAUUUAACUGUACACAGAUUAUUUGUGAUCAAUCAUGUGCUGAACCCUUUUAUAUACGGGUAUUUUGACCUCACUUUCAGGAAACACGUGAUUGCAACUUUUCGAAAACUGGCUCGGAGACCUCCACUUGACAGGCAAUUUAGCAGUAGUUAA